AAAUCAUGGUCUGUCCUUAGAGAGAGAGAGAGAGAGAGACUUGCAGUUGCAGGUGGACAUGGUGGCGUGGACUUUCUUGUACUGAUUUCGCAGUUCAGAUCCUGAAACGCUCGCCCAAGACAGAAAGACAGCGACCCAAUAACGCAGACGCCGACAAGCUUCGAUUGCCUUCUUUAGAAGAAGAAGAAGAUCGUUAGAGAAACGAGGAGAGAGAGAGAGAGAGAGAGAUAUUUUCUGCCCUUUCUUGUCUUUUGUUCGCCAAGUAUGGCGGCGAACGAAAAACCGCCGCAGUCGUCGUCGUCGCCAUCAGCGUCAUCGGGGAAGCCUCCCGCGCGGCCCACCAUCACUCUCCCUCCACGCGCCUCCAUCGACUCCUUCUUCUCCAACGGCGCCGCCCCCUCCGCCGGGGGACUCGGCCUCGGCCUGGGCUUCAGCCCCGGCCCGAUGACCCUCGUCUCCAGCUUCUUCUCCGACUCCGACGAGUACAAGUCCUUCUCCCAGCUCCUCGCCGGCGCCAUGGCCUCUCCCGCAGCUCACCGCCCGCCCUCCUCCAGCGGAGAGCCCGCUCCCGCUCCCUCGGUCGCAGGCGGCGACGGGGAGUUCCGGUUCAAGCAGAGCCGGCCCGAGGGUUUGGUAAUUUCGGCGCCACCUCCCCUGUCGCCACUCUUCGCGUUGCCCCCGGGGCUGAGCCCCACGUUGCUCGACUCGCCGGGGUUUUUCUCGCCGGGGCCUUUUGGAAUGUCGCAUCAACAAGCCCUGGCACAGGUCACUGCUCAGGCUGCACAAGCCCAGUCCCUGAUGCAUAUGCAAAUUGAAUAUCCGAACUCAGCAUCUGCAGCGCCUGCAACAUCGCUGGCACAGCCAAUGUUCCAGCAGGCACAAUCUUUACCGAAUGAAAAAGUUGCAGUGCCUGAAUCGUCGGAGUUAUCGCAGUCCGAUCUGAGAACACAGCCUCCCUUGCAAGUAGAUAAGCCGGCUGAUGAUGGGUACAAUUGGAGGAAAUAUGGGCAGAAACAGGUUAAGGGUAGUGAAUUCCCAAGGAGUUACUACAAAUGCACGCAUCCCGACUGCCCCGUCAAGAAAAAAGUUGAGCGUUCUCUUGACGGCCAUAUAACAGAAAUUAUCUAUAAGGGAGAGCACAACCAUCAACCUCCUCUAAAUAAGCGUGGGAAAGAUGCUGGGACUGCUGGUGGUGGUGAUUCGCAUGUUCAGGAGCAUCCAAAAUUUACUUCACAUGUUCAGAGUGGCGAUUUUAACCAAUUAAAGGAUGGCGAACCUUCUAAUUUAAUGCUUAGAAAGGAGCAUGAAUCUAGCCAACUAACUCCCGAGCAUUUGUCCGGCACGAGUGACAGUGAAGAAGUUGGUAAUUCGGAGUAUGGAGCAGAUGAAAGAUGUGAAGGUGAACCUGAACCCAAAAGACGCAACACAGAAGUCAGGGUUGUGGAGUCUGCUGCUUCACUCAAGGCUGUAAGUGAACCCAAAAUAAUUGUGCAAACAACUAGUGAAGUUGAUCUUCUGGACGAUGGCUACAGAUGGCGGAAAUAUGGGCAGAAAGUAGUCAAAGGGAAUCCCUAUCCAAGGAGCUAUUACAAGUGCACGACUCCUGGAUGCAAUGUUCGUAAACAUGUGGAGAGGGCUUCAACUGACCCUAAGGCUGUCAUUACGACGUACGAGGGUAAACACAAUCAUGAUGUACCGGUUGCCAGAACCAGCAGCCACAGUGUUGCCAACUCUAACAUACCACAGGUUAGGCCACAUCACACAGAAUACAAUAGGCGCACCUCAAGUGGCACGACAGAUCUCGCGAAUAGGCCGAUAGCACGCCUACUUUUGAAAAAAGAGCAGAUAACAUAAACUGUUCUGCUUUUGGGAAUAUGACAGAGCAUGAACCGAAGACAACAAAGUGCAUCAAUGGGGGAAAAGGAAAAAAUAGAACUUUUCAGUGAUUAGGCCCAAUUUAUUGUCUGCAUUUUGUGGCCAUAGUUUUGUUCAAGGCCAAGUGCUCCGCUUGAUGAUAUAGACCAGAAAGAGGGACAAAUGGAAAGGAGCCUGUUUAGGGGCGAGCUUGCGAUGCGUUGUUGUAUGGGUAACUGCCAAGGCAGAGCGUGUUGUAUUCAAAUUACUUUUCCUACCCUGCAUUCUUUUGUACAUGAAGAUACAAUAGGGAUGCUUUAGAGUUUAUACAAUACGUCAGGUUGUGCUUUAUAAAAUUA